AUGACAGGGCAGAGGAAGGUACAGGAUACUGACGAAGGUGCGCUCGUUCUUGGCGUCGACCUCCAAUCGCUCGAUGUCGACUCUCUUUUGGGGCCUUUGGCCGGAAGGGGGUCGCGAAGUUUGGGCUUCCGGCAAAGGCCACCGCGAGUUGGCGUGGAAGGCUUAAGGGCUGAUGAAGUCAUCUCCGCACAGAAGAAAGCAUUGGAGCAGCCCGCGCCGGCACAGACGUUGAAGGCCAAGGCGGCAAACUGCCUGGCACAUGGGCCGGCAUUGGUGGGCGGCAAAUGUGGAGAGCGCAUGUAUUUCAUCGUGACGACGGUGACUUCAGAUGGCCAAGUCAUGAAAGAAGGCGGAGCAUCCGUCACUUGCACAGUGACCGGCCGAAGCUUGAUGUCCAAAACUCAACCAGAGCCACGACCUUUUGUGGAAGACCGUCAGGAUGGCACGUACCACGUCCAGUUUGUUUGCGCCACGCCUGGGGUCUAUGAGAUCACAGCCUGCGUGGAUGGCGUCGCUUUGCCCAUGUGUCCUGUUGCGGUCACUGUCGCGCCUGGCCCACCCAGCGCGACCACGACACAGGUUCGUGGCGAUGGGUCGCAGCGCUGCACGCUUGGUGGGUCCGCAGAGUUCACGAUACAGGCGAUGGACGAGUUCGGGAACCUGUGCGGAGAGGGCGGAGCUCGUUUCGGCGUCCGUGCAAGCGCCCAUGUGCGCCUGCAUGAAGUUUCAGACAAUGAGGAUGGCACGUACACUGUGAGCUACUCCAUUCCCGACUGGGCCCAAGGGCCUGUGAAGCUGGAGGUGCUGCUGGAUGGUCAUCCCAUAAGAGGCUCUCCACUGGUGCCACGACUCAUAGGCUUCGUGCCAGAGAAGGCAGAUCCGAAAGCCAAGAGCAAGGCAGUGCAAGGCCGAGUCCAGAAGGGAGCCGGCGGCACUUUCACCGAUCAACUUCCGCCAGCAGCUCGGCAUUUGCACCAAGAGAUGUCGGAACUUUGCGUUAUACUACGGCAUGUUCGCAGUCAUUUGUGA